UUUUUCUGCUCUGUUCUUUGACCACCAUGUUGACUGCGGUAGCAAGAGCUGCCUCCGGGGCUUUAAGGAUUGGAAAAUCUUCCUUAAACCCACAACUUCUUCAAAAUGAAGCCCUCAGAUGUGCGGGAGCUCUUUCUGCAACAUCUUAUGCCACAGCUGCAAAAGGAGCCCAGGGGAAAGUUGUAGCUGUCAUCGGUGCCGUAGUAGACGUUCAGUUUGAUGACAACCUUCCACCUAUUCUCAAUGCUCUCGAAGUACAGAACAGGAGCCCAAGGCUGGUCCUUGAAGUUGCCCAGCAUCUUGGUGAAAACACCGUCCGAACAAUUGCUAUGGAUGGUACCGAAGGUCUUGUACGAGGACAAGAUGUUCUUGACACUGGAUUUCCCAUCAGGAUCCCUGUUGGUGCUGAAACACUUGGCAGGAUCAUCAAUGUCAUUGGUGAGCCCAUUGAUGAGAGGGGACCCAUUGUAACAGACAAAUUCGCCUCAAUCCAUGCUGAUGCUCCUGAAUUCGUGGACAUGAGUGUAGAACAAGAAAUUUUAGUUACAGGUAUCAAAGUUGUCGACCUCCUGGCCCCUUAUGCUAAAGGUGGUAAGAUUGGUCUCUUUGGAGGAGCUGGAGUAGGAAAGACUGUACUGAUCAUGGAACUUAUCAACAAUGUUGCUAAGGCCCAUGGUGGUUACUCAGUAUUUGCUGGAGUCGGGGAGAGAACUCGUGAAGGAAAUGAUUUAUAUCAUGAAAUGAUUGAGUCUGGUGUAAUUUCACUGAAGGACAAGACCUCAAAGGUAGCGUUGGUGUACGGACAAAUGAACGAGCCCCCAGGCGCUAGAGCUAGGGUUGCUUUGACUGGUUUGACUGUUGCUGAAUACUUCAGGGAUCAAGAAGGUCAGGAUGUGCUAUUGUUCAUUGACAACAUUUUCCGUUUUACUCAGGCAGGUUCAGAGGUAUCUGCUCUGUUGGGUCGUAUCCCCUCAGCUGUAGGUUAUCAGCCAACUUUAGCAACUGACAUGGGUACCAUGCAGGAAAGAAUUACCACCACCAAGAAAGGUUCAAUUACAUCAGUACAGGCUAUCUACGUGCCUGCUGAUGACUUGACUGAUCCUGCUCCUGCUACCACCUUCGCCCAUUUAGACGCCACCACUGUAUUGUCUAGGGCCAUCGCUGAGCUGGGUAUCUACCCCGCUGUAGAUCCUCUUGACUCCACUUCAAGAAUUAUGGAUCCCAACAUCAUUGGUGCUGAACAUUAUAAUGUUGCCAGAGGAGUACAAAAAAUCCUCCAGGACUACAAGUCCCUUCAGGAUAUUAUUGCUAUUUUGGGUAUGGAUGAAUUGUCAGAAGAAGAUAAGUUAACUGUUGCAAGAGCUAGGAAAAUUCAGAGGUUCCUCUCUCAGCCAUUCCAGGUUGCAGAAGUAUUUACUGGACAUGCUGGCAAACUUGUACCCCUUGAAGAAACAAUCAAGGGAUUCCAGAAGAUAUUAGGUGGAGAUUUAGAUCACCUUCCUGAAGUAGCAUUUUACAUGGUCGGUCCCAUCGAAGAAGUUGUACAAAAGGCUGAAACACUUGCCAGAUCUACUUCAUAAGUGUAAUCGUGAACAUUUCUUAGCAUUAGUCAACAAUUUCAUGUGUAUAGUUCCGAAAAUUCAUGAUUUUUAAUAAUUUUACUGUUAUUUUAUUCCAUAUGUUAUUUUUUUUAUUAUUCAUAAACCAAAUGCCAUUGUAAUAUAUCUUAAGAUCCCAGUUCUAUUUUGUUUUCUUGGUUAAAUUUUUUUUUCUGAAAUGUUAUUUUAAAAAAAAAUGUUUUCUAUAAAAUACUUAUUCUGUGGUCACACAUUUAUUUAAAUAAAUGAUUCUACCACGUAA